GUCCGGAUUUCUUGGACUGUGAAGUGGAAAACGGUGGAAAGUUGGGUUCACGCAAAGGGGUAAAUCUUCCCGGAGCUAUGGUCGAUCUACCUGCGGUAUCGGAAAAAGACAAGGCAGAUUUACGCUUCGCUAUUGAACAUCAUGUCGAUAUUGUGUUCGCAUCGUUUAUUCGGAAUCCACAAGCCGUGAUAGAGAUCCGUGAACUGUUGGGUGAGGCUGGAAGCUACAUCAAGCUCAUUGCAAAGAUAGAAAAUCACGAAGGUGUUAAAC